GAAGAGGAGGAGGAGGAGGAUGCAGGAAAGUCACGGACGCUUCUGCACGCACACACUGGCGGCGAGUCAGGGGGGCGGAGCCACGACGCGUCAUACCAUCCCAGCAUCCCACUUCUUCAUAGGCUGAUGGAGAAGAAGAAGAAGAAGAAGAUGAAGAUAAGAGCGUGAAGAGGAGGGAGCGCAUCUGUGAGAGACAGACACGAAGACACACAGACAGACAGACACGAGGACAGACAGACAGACACGAGGACACAGAGCGAGAGAGAGACAAACACGAGGACACAAAGAGAGAGACAGACAGACAGACACGAGGACACGGAGGAGAAGGAGGAGACGCGGAUCUCAUCACCGAACCGACCAGAGUAGACUCGGGUUCUGGUCCUGGACCGUGGACCCUGGACUCCGGUGUUUGCUACCACGGACAGCGCCUUGAGGUGUGUUGGUUUUCUGGCAGCUGUCGGCACCGGCGGGCGGAGCCAGUGAGCGUGGGUUUCUUUUUGGUCAGCUCCUGAAGAUCUGAGAUUAUCUGUGAUCUGAGAAGAUGGCGGGUCAGGACAAUCAGGUCACAUGUUACCUCCUCUUCUCUUUGUCCACCGCCGUCAUCGGCUCGCUGCAGUUUGGCUACAACACCGGAGUCAUCAAUGCUCCCGAGCAGAAACUGCGAUCUUUCUUCAACAACACGUGGAUUGAGCGUUACGGUAAAGCCAUCGAGCCCGGCGUCUGCACCAUCGUCUGGAGCGUCGCCGUCUCCGUGUUCAGCGUCGGCGGCAUGGUGGGCUCCUUCAGCGUGGGUGUCAUGGCCGACCGCUUCGGCAGGCGUCGCUCCAUGAUGCUGGUGAACAUUCUGGCAGUGAUCGGCGGCCUCCUCAUGGGCUUCUCCACCAUCUGCUCCUCGUACGAGAUGAUCAUCGCCGGCCGCCUCGUCAUCGGCCUCUUCUGCGGACUCUUCACCGGCCUCACGCCCAUGUACGUGGGCGAGGUGUCGCCCACUCCCCUCAGGGGAGCGUUUGGAACCCUGCACCAGCUCGGUGUGGUGGUGGGCAUCCUGAUCGCUCAGAUCUUUGGUCUGGAGGCCCUGCUGGGAUCAGAUAAGAUGUGGCCCCUACUGCUGGCCCUCACCGUGGUCCCCGCCGUGCUGCAGUGGAUCCUCCUGCCCUUCUGCCCCGAGAGCCCCCGCUUCCUGCUCAUCAACCUCAAACAGGAGGAGCAGGCGCGCAAAGCUCUGGUGCGUCUGCGCGGCAGCGAGGACGUCAGUAAAGACAUGCAGGAGAUGAAGGAGGAGAGCGCUAAGAUGGCGAUGGAGAAGAAGGUGACCAUCGCCGAGCUGUUCCGCUCUGCCUCGUAUCGUCAGCCGCUCCUCAUCGCCGUCAUGCUGCAGCUCUCACAGCAGCUGUCGGGGAUCAACGCCGUGUUUUACUACUCCACAGGAAUCUUUGCUGACGCUGGUGUGAAGCAGCCCAUCUACGCCACCAUCGGAGCCGGGAUCGUCAACACCAUCUUCACCAUCGUCUCUCUCUUCCUGGUGGAGAAGGCGGGUCGGAGGACUCUGCACCUCCUGGGUCUUGGUGGAAUGGCGGUCAGCGCUCUGCUCAUGACCGUCUCCCUGCUGCUGGUGACUUUUAUAAAACAUCCACAACAGCGACCUCUAGCCUGUGAACUGGUUACUGCAGUCAUGUUCAUGUUGUGUUCAUGUAUUCUUUAUUCUCAGGUGAGCAUCCCAGCGAUGAGCUACGUGGCGAUCCUGGCCAUCAUGCUGUUCGUGGCCAUGUUUGAACUGGGCCCCGGGCCGAUCCCCUGGUUCAUCGUGGCCGAGCUGUUCUCUCAGGGGCCGCGCCCGGCCGCCAUGGCUGUGGCCGGCUGCUGCAACUGGACGGCCAACUUCCUGGUCGGGAUGAGCUUCCCCAAACUGGUGGAGGUGUGCGGGCCGUGGGUCUUCCUCAUCUUCACCACCUUCCUCAUCCUCUUCUUCAUCUUCACCUUCAUCAAAGUCCCGGAGACGAAGGGUAAGACCUUCGACGAGAUCGCCCGCGGCUUUGGCGGAGGUCCGCCUCCCACCUCCUCGUCCCUCGAGGAUCCUCCCCAGGGCGGCGCCAGCGCCGGCGUGACACUUCCGGCCUCACCCCUGAAGGAGAAGGUGCCGCUGGUGGAGGCGGCAGCUACAGCCAAAGCCCCGCCUCCCGCGGCCGAAACCACACCCCUGGACGACAAGUUGAAGCAGACAAUGCAGGAGAGCGUGUAGAGUUGUCACGAGUGGAAGGAGGUUCUAAACGAAGGGAAAUGAGUUGAGUUGAAAGGUCACGCUGCACUCACACGUCUGUGCUUCAAAAUGAUAAUUCCUUCUUUUACAUCCUCCCGACUGUUAUCGUACAAAACCUCCCAUUAACAACCAACGUACACAUUCCUAUGAGCGACCUGGGGUCGACCCACCUCACCACCGGUUGUCUGGGAGGUGAUACCCGGGGUCAGAGGUCAGUUGUAAACCGGCGUGGGCGUGUCCAGUUCCUCCUGAGUUUAAAGUGCGUGUCGUGUGAGUGGAGUGACGUGUUUUUAUUGUCUUUAAAGUUUUCUGACAGGCGUUAACGUGCAAUAUACGUGUGUAGCUGUAGUUUUGUCCUGUAAUAUUUCAAUAUUUAAACAUAUUAUAUUUAUCCGUCCCUCUCGUGUCGUAAAGGAAGAAUUUCAGAAGGGAUUUUAUUUUUAAAUUCAUACUCUGCCUUUUUCGCUGCUGAUAAUGAAAUGACAAAAACUCAAGAGGUUUUUUUCCGCGAUGCCAAAGUACUGAACGUUCACUAAAGGUGUAAUGUGUAGAAUUUAGUGAGGAUCCAUCAACAGAGAAUGAUCUAUAAUACUUGUAACAGUGUGUCGUGUUGUUUCCCAGAAUGGAGAUUCUUGGCACCUGAAGGCCACCGUAGUUUCUUAAAUGCACUGAAUUUUGUCGGUUGCAAUAUACAGCUUCACCACUAGAUGCCACUAAAUCGUACACACUGGUCCUUUCACACACUUGUAGAACAGAUGUAACCACAGCUUGUAUUAUUCUGAAACACAGUUAGGUGCUUCGACCAUUUUACGACACAAUUCACAGUGUGUCGUGGUUUGUCGUCUUUUUUCGGUUAAUGUUUGAGCUGCAAUAUUUGAAAGAAGAAGCUAAUUUAGUUCUUUAUAAGAUUUGCUGAAAACACGCUUUAGCUCAGUAGUUUUAAAUUUAGUAGAUUAGAGUAGAUUAAUGUAUAUUUUCCUGUCGAAGAGAAAAUUAUGACGUAAACGUCGUCUUGUUGUGAUUCUUUUUCCAGAUUAGCCCGGAUUAUAUAAACCUUUAAAAACGUAAAUGGAGAGCUUUGCUAUCAGUGAUGUGGUCAAAUCACAUUUCUCCGUUUAGACACGCCUCCUUCAAGCGGCAAAGUUAGCAGUAGAGCCACAGGUGGCCAUGUAGACGUUGGUUAGCAUGUUAGCACUCAAUGUCAAAGCAUCUACUGAAGCACCUGCGUGUACUCGCUGAUAUUAGAGUAAGUAAGAAUUGUUCAAAUGUGCAUCAGUGUUGAAUCUUUAGCCUAAUAUUAGCGUAGUCAAAUGCUAACGCUGUUUAAACAACAAGCAGAGGUACAGAACAGUGGGCGUGGCUUUAGACCGUUUAGAUCGUUUCUGUCCACGUUAAACAGCAAAGACAAAUGCUAAACAACAUAGCAUGCCGUUCUUGCUAACUUCCGUAGCUAACUUUACCUUUACCUAAGUUCAGGUAAGCUAGCCGGGAACUUCUUUUGUUUUAAUAUACUAUAUUUUCAAAACAUUUAUUAGUCCCUUAACACCAUCUGAAGGCUAAGUCUGAGCUAGCAAAAGAGCGCAACAGAAACUAGCAUUCUUCAUACCUUCUAGAGCUGUUUAGCCUAGCUAUGGAUUAGGCUAGGAGGUAAACUAGCCAGGAACUAAUCAGCGGUCAUAAUUGAUAUUGAUAUUGUCCAAACUUAUUUAUUUCUAUAUCUUUAAAUGAUGCUUAAUGGCUAAACCUAAGCUAGCAAACCAACAUGUUGAUACAACAACCGCUGGUAUUCUUGCUGCCUGCUGGGAGCUAUAUUAAGUAGCCACUUUGCUAAUUUAGGCAGUAAGUCUGAACACAACAACACACAAGGAUCAUGAUUAGAGGCUAAAGUUAUUGUUUUGUUUCAGAGGUAAACAACGUUAUUUUAACAGGAAGUGAAAAUAUGAAAGCAGCUGAUUAUUAAUGUUGCAACUCUAGCUAAUGUUUUUGUAAGCUAGCGAUGAUCGCAUGUGAGAAGUCAGGAACAAAAACUAAUCAGAAAUUCUACGUUCUCAAUAUUUUCUGAUGGCUAAGUCUACGUUAGUGUCAAAAAGUGUUGUUCUUUCAGUGGGUCAGUAGGGGGCGCACAUAAAACAGAGGUUAAAGUUUGUAAGUUUUGUCCUCCAGAGCUGAAAAACGAGACGAUGAGGUCCAAAGACUUACAUUUUAAAAUGAGAAUUAUGAAAUCUGAACGCUCUGUACUCGCCACGUUUGACGACUUUUGUUCAUCGAUUAGUCUCCGAAAUACGUCACGCGCUCAACGAAAUCUGAAAUCCUGGCCAUAAUGUUUUCCUAAAGGUUUUACAAACUCAUGAAAAAAAAUAUUCUUCCUUCACACGCCACGAAAACAUGAUUGUGAUUCCACUGUUUUUCUGAAUCAACUCAUCAGGUCUAGAUGUGAUGCUUUGUUAGCUUUCUGUGUGUGUGUGUGUGUGUGUGUGUGUGUGUGUGUUUGUGGCACGCUACCUUUAAUGUUUUAUCCAACAGUGUGUGUGUGUGUGUGUGUGUGUAGCGUAUAAAUGUAUGACGCAAAGAAAAUUUUCUAUAUUCUGUCGUGGUUGCGCCAGUUAUUUUAAAAAAGCCUAUAUUUCUCCCAUGCUGCACUUUAAGAACAUAUUUAUGUAUUUA